GAUACACCAGCCGAUUUCCCAAAUUUUGUGCCUCGUCUGAAGAUCUAAGCGAAUGAUGCUGAUGGAUUGAUGAUUUGACGUUCAGUCUUUUUCUCUCUAUCCCGUCGCCACAAUGUCAAUUGCAGCAGCGCCCAAUGCGCUUCGAGCCUCAUCAGGCUGCGCCUCAAGGCUGUGGCUGUCUCUGCAGAAAAGCCCGUCAUCAAGCCUUUUCCUGCAGGUAGCAAGUUUCUCUACGACGGCGCCGCAAUGCAAGCGCAAGACAAAGGAUAGCAACAAGCGACGAGGCGUCAGCAGCCUCUACGGAUCGGGCCCGCGAGAGCCGCUGUCCAUGUCCAACAUGCCGCUGCCGAAGCCCGUCGAGUUCAAGCCCAAGAUCGAGGUCGACGAGAGCCACGGACUGUGGGGGUUCUUCCCCGCGCCGGGGAAGCUCCUGCUGACGCCCAAAGAGACGGAGGAGCAUGGGCGAGCGUGGGAGGUGGAGGAGCUGCGGCGGAAGUCGUGGGAAGAUUUACAUGCUCUGUGGUGGAAGUGCUGUAAGGAGAGGAACAUGCUUGCUACGGCGAGGGCGGAGCUGUUGAGGGGGAAGCUUGGGUUUGGAGAGCGGGAGAUUGAUUCACGGGAUGAAGAGGUUACGAAGACGAUGAGGGCGAUCAAGCAUGCUCUUACAGAGCGAUUCUAUACUUGGCAGGAUGCCGUCGAGGUUGCCAGGUCGGACCCCGAGAUCAACUUGGAGGGAGGAGAGGGUCAGGUGUACACACCGUCUGCAUAUGAAGAGGGAUACGAUGAUGUUCCUGCUGUGGAAGAAGCAGACAAGGAGUUGAAGGAGCCUACAAGGUAGAAGCCAGGCGAGGCUAGGAGAUGGACGAUCAAAACUAACGAAGAGAAUACCGAGGUCAAUCUUAGAAGAAGAAAAAAAGGAAAGAAAAAGGUCAGCGAGGUUAAGGGGGACGGUUCGACGACGGCCAGCAUGAUAUCACGGGGAGGUAUUCUGGCCCGGCCGCGUGUAGUAUUAAGUAUGGGGAAUCUGUGUACCUAUAUCCGACGAUGAAGCAAUUGGCAUGUAUAUUACUACUGGUACGAUAUAAUACUCGUAUACCGAUUAUCGGGAUGACUUUGAUGAACGCAACGAGGCUAGAGUCGAAUCAAUUUCAUUUUUCAUUUUCAGCCCGGCCAG